AAACGCCCGCCUCUUUCGUAAGUCUAUUGGCUACUCGUCCCCGACGCUCACCUCCGAUUGGCUGAAGCAUCUGUUGUUUCCGUUGCAUGUCAGCUUCACUGUGGCGUUUUGUGAGGACCUCUGUUGAUCCGAAUUCAAAACACAAAACCUCAGGAUACUGAGUGGUUGGCCAUGGCGUCGGACUCCCCGCGCAGACCGAGCCGCUGUGCUGGUGGGGUUGUGGUUCGAGCACAGGCUGCAACAGAACAGUCAUACAUGGAGAGCGUAGUUACGUUCUUGCAGGAUGUAGUCCCUCAGGCAUACACUGGGACGCCUCCAAAUGAUGAAAAAGAAAAGAUAGUUUGGGUCCGUUUUGAAAAAACAGACAUCAAUGAUGUGGCCCGCCUACCAGAGUUCCAAGAGAUGCACGGCAGCGGCACUGACCCGCCUCUCUGCUUGAUGAUUGGCUACACUGAUGGAAUGCAGAUUUGGAGCAUAUCACUGAACGGAGAGGCGCAGGAGCUGUUCUCGGUGCGACACGGACCUGUGCGAACUGCUAGGAUCCUGCCUGCCCCACAUAUCAGUUCCCUCAACACUGACAGCUUCGCUGAGAAGCGGCCCCUCCUCGGCGUGUGCAAGAGCACGGGCUCUUCUGGGACAAGUCCCCCUUAUUGUUGUGUGGAUCUUUAUUCCUUGAGGACAGGAGAGAUGGUCAAGUCCAUUCAGUUCAAAACGCCCAUCUAUGAUCUGCACUGCAACAAAAGGAUCCUUGUUGUUAGUCUUCAAGAAAAGAUUGCUGCCUUUGACAGCUGCACCUUUAUGAAAAAGUUCUUUGUCACAAGCUGUUACCCCUGUCCUGGGCCCAACCUCAACCCUAUCGCUCUGGGAAGCCGGUGGUUGGCCUAUGCUGAAAACAAGCUGAUCCGGUGUCAUCAGUCCCGUGGUGGGGCCUGUGGAGAUAAUGCCCAGUCCUACACUGCCACUGUCAUCAGUGCUGCUAAAACGUUGAAGACGGGCCUGACCAUGGUGGGUAAGGUUGUGACCCAACUUGCUGGUACGCUGCCAUCAGGGGUGCCUGACGAGGAGGGCACUGCCCACAGUGGCACCCGCCGCAGCCCUCACCAACCUGGCGUGGUCACCAUCAUAGACACACACACUGUGGGAGAAGGACAGGUUCUUGUUAGUGAGGAUUCUGAUGGAGAAGGAGUGAUUGCGCAUUUUCCAGCACAUGAUAAGCCUAUAUCCUGUAUGGCGUUUAACCCGAGUGGUAUGUUACUGGUGACCACAGACACCCUCGGCCAUGACUUCCACGUUUUCCAAAUCGUGACUCACCCAUGGGCGUCUUCCCAGAGUGCAGUUCAUCAUCUAUACACUCUUCACAGAGGAGAGACUGAGGCUAAGGUGCAGGACAUCUGCUUCAGCCAUGACUGCCGCUGGGUGGUGAUCAGUACUCUUCGUGGCACCUCACAUGUCUUUCCCAUCAACCCAUAUGGUGGAGCGCCAUGCGCACGCACACACAUGUCUCCCCGUGUGGUCAAUCGUAUGAGCCGUUUCCAGAAGAGUGCCGGACUGGAGGAGAUUGAACAAGAGCUGAGUAGCAAACAGGGCGGCCGAUGUAGCCCCAUUCCUGGCCUUUCCAGUAGCCCAUCCGGAUCACCACUACAUGCCAAACUCACCAGUCAAGAAUCCUAUAACAACUUCACCAACAACAACAUGGGUAACCCACGCCUGUCUCCAUUACCCAGUUUGACGGUCGUGCUACCACUGGCUCAGAUCAAGCAACCGAUGACCUUGGGCACCAUCACCAAGCGCACUGGCAAAGCCAAGCCGCCUCCCCAAAUCUCACCCAGUAAGUCCAGUGGUGGGGAGUUCUGCGUGGCUGCAGUCUUCGCCUCCUCCCGCUCUUGGUUCAUCACCAACCCUAACAUGAAGAGAGAGAAAGAUCAGUCUCGCCAGGCUGUUGUUGAAUCGCUGUACAUCCUGAGCUGCUACGGAAACCUGGUGGAGCAUGUGCUGGAGCCUCGACCAAUCAGCACGGCGCAAAAGAUAGGCGACGACACGCCUUUGGAGCUGAACACCUGUCCGAGAGCCUGUUGGAAUCUAGCCAGGACACCGCAGUGGAAUGAGCUACAACCACCUUUCAACAGCAACCACCCCUUGGUGCUGGCCUCAGACUUUGUGCAGUACUAUCAAUACCUCCUGGCUGGAUUGGUACCUCCUGGCAGCCCUGGCCCCAUCACCCGGCAUGAGUCUUAUGACAGCCUGGCCUCCGAUCACAGUGGCCAGGAGGAUGAAGAAUGGCUCUCGCAGGUGGAGAUUGUUACCCACACUGGCCCUCACCGAAGACUCUGGAUGGGCCCUCAGUUUCAGUUCAAGACCAUUCAUCCAUCAGGUCAGACCACCGUCAUCUCCUCCAGCUCCUCUGUACUUCAGUCACAGGGGCCCAGCGACACCCAGCAGCCUCUUCUUGAUUUCGACACAGACGACCUGGACCUGCACAGCCUCAGGAUUCAGCCGGUGCGUUCAGAGCCUGUUAGCAUGCCUGGCUCUUCUCGUCUGGUGGCCGAUCGUAGAGGCCAGUCCACGGUCAUAGAUACCGGCUCAGGCAUGUUUGACCGCAGCGUCACCCUGCUGGAGGUGUGUGGCAGCUGGCCUGAGAGUUUCGGACUGCGUCACAUGUCCUCUGUGGAAGCCACGGAAGAGGGCCUGAAGGAGAGGCUGGCGGACGCAAUGUCUGAGUCGCCCAGCAGAGACAUUGUAGGCUCUGGGACAGCAGAGCUGCAGAGGGAGGGAAGCAUCGAGACGCUCAGCAAUAGUUCUGGCUCCACCAGCGGCAGCAUUCCCCGGAAUUUCGAGGGCUACCGAUCCCCUCUCCCCACCAAUGAAAGCCAGCCCCUCAGCCUCUACCCCACCGCAUUCCCCUAAAACCAGCCGUCCCGCCCAAGGAAACCUCUCUGUCGCCUUUGGACAAUCUUAACAGUACAACCACAACACAUGAUAUUACCCCAACACAACACCCCAUGAGAGAAGCCAUUCUCUCUCUGUGUGUGUGUGUGUUUUCCUGCCAUCCUGCUCCGCUAUAUCUUUUCUCUGUUCUUUGAAAUGUGGAUUUUCCUUUAAUCAAACUUGGCAUGCAGUAAAACCCUGUUCAAUGAGGCCCGGAGUUAACAUCCUUUGUCAUUCACUUCCCUUGUGAUUCAUGUUAAUGUAUCCUCCAUCUGAGACAGAGUGCACAUAUAUUAACCUUGAUGGGUCGGAUGUACUAUAGAAGGGAUUGGUUGGAGUUGCCACUUUUCUCAAAGACGUGUCAUAUUACCAAUAUCAUUAUCAAUCGAACUUCCAGUGCGUAUCUUUACUGAGCGUGUGUGAGUGUUGUGUGAUAGAGAGUGUGUGUUCAUCAGAUUACCUCUCAGUAGUUGAGUUUAGGUUUGAGUUUAUGAAGCGUUAUGCCAACGCUAUCUCAUGACCAAUUCAUACGUAUUUUACGAGGUGGCUAAUUUGUACGAAUUCGUACGACCACACUUGUCUAAACCCCAGUGACGGGUAUGUUAGUUGUAGGUCAUUCAUACGAAUUCGGCAACUCAUAAAAAUACAUAUGAUUUAGCAAAAAACAUACUAAUUCGUACUAGUAAGGUCAUAUGAAUUUGUACGAAUUAGCCACCUCAUAAAAUAUGUACGAAUUGCCAUGAAAUCGGGUUGGUUAUGCUGAUUUGUUUUGUUUUUUUCCCGAUCAACACAUAUGUUGCUAUCAUUAUGUGAUGUUUUGGUAGAUGUACUGUAGUUAAAAUUUGAAUUGAUCCUACUUUUAUAGGUAAUUAAAAUUGGUUAUGUUUACAAUUUAAUCUAUUCUGCACAUUUUUUUUCUGUAUAUUUGGUUAGAUUUUUUUUUUUUUAAACCAAAGUCCAUUUCUUGGGCUUCUUUGCUUUAUAAAUUCAGAUUCAGAUAACUUUCAGUUUAUGGGUAAAUGUGAAAUGUAUUGAUUCUUUCAAAAGGGAUGAUUGUUUGCUAAUGCUUCCACGUUUGAUUGGCUUUAUAGGAUGUGUGCGAGGCUGAUAUUUAGCAGUGGCGCUAUCGAGGAUCCACAGCGAAUUUCAUUCAGCUCAGGUGAUUGAGGUGAUUUAGACAGUACCCAAUUUUUUUUUAAAAAGCAAUUCCAUUAUUAUUAUCAUCAUUAUCAUUAAUAUAUCAUUUUGUAUUAGCUUGUUUAACUAUUUUAAAUUGCUGUGAUUUAAAGAAUGUUAACUUGAUUGACUGGACGUAACAUUUUACACACACACACAACUAUUGAUGAAUACCAAUUAAACUGAUAUAAGAACUGUGAAUAAACGGUCCUAAUCAUCAGCUUGUCAAAAAGCUGAAGGAGCUGCUGUUGGCUGACAGCUCAGUGCAUGUUGAAAGUAGCUGGAGAGGAAACAUGAUGUGGUUAUUCAGCAUAAUUUAUAACGGCAUUCAAGUUGGCAUGACUUUCAGUCUGAAUGCAGUGCACAUGCUUUGUAUCAACUACAAUAUUAUUUUUUUUGUAAUAAUACUUGCACCAUGUUAUCUUAUAUAGGAGUUUAUGCAAGUGAAUUUACCAAGUCUUCUAUACAUUUGUGUGUUUGCUUAAUACAACAUAUGCAUUUUGACUUUCACAGUUCUUUUCCCUUGUUAACUUACCUUGCUUUCUCCUGAAUAUAUUUGUUAUACAAAAAAAUAAAUGCAUUUAAAUGACGAGAUACAAAUCUGGGCUCGAGGCUACAAAUCUCAAUCACUGCUUUUGUUUAGGGAACUGUUUUUUAUCAUCAUGAAUCUUUUCUCUGCAGUAAAGUCCACAGGCUGGGAUUUCCUCCAUCGCUGCUUUAAUUGCAUGUGUGUAAGCUUUGUUUCAUGAUAUUAUAAUAAAAGGUUUAUAUAAGGCA